AUGAAUUAUAACAAUUAAUACAACCCAUUUGCUCUGCCUCCUGAUUUCAGUAAUUACACAAUCCAUAAUUUAACUAGAAUUAGUAUAUGAACAUGGUAAAGCCAAAUAAGUUGGAUAUCAAAUUUAAAACUAAUAAGAAUAUUGUCCAUGUUGCAAUAUGUCAAUUAAUAAAAUACCUAUAGGAUUGUGUGAAGAUAUUAUACAGCUACAAUUUUUAGGUAAUUCUAAUAAGAAAUUUCAUUUAUUUUAGGAGAAGCAAUUCCUUUGAUCCAUUAAAUUAUAUUCAAUUCUAUUACUCCUAAUCUUCAUGCUUGUUGGAAUUUAUAAUAUAAUUACUACAUCUAAUCUCUGUUACAAAGAAUAUCAUUUAAGUUUAAUGGAUAAUCAAGAAAAUGAACUAUAAGGAUGUUAUCAUUUUAUAAGAGUUGCUUAUACUGUUAAUAAAACUGAAUAUUAAUUAAAUAUUUAAGCUGUUUUAGCCUUUCAAGGAACAUUCUUAGUAACAACAGGCC